AUGUCGGAUGACAGGAUGUUGGGAAACUUGACUCUUUGGUCGGCGACUCCAAUGUUCCCGCCAGAGAACUCCUCCUUCAACUCCUCCCUCCCUACGUCAUUCACGGACUGGGAGGCACCCACCUUCACCGCCGCUGCCCGCGUCCGCGUGGCCGCCACCAUGGUCCUCUUCGUGUUCGCUGCCUUCUCCAACCUCUCCGUGCUGAUCAGCGUGGCACGGGGCCGCGGGCGCCGCCUGGCCGCCCAUCUCCGGCCACUCAUUGCCAGCCUGGCGUCUGCAGACCUGGUGAUGACGUUCGUGGUAAUGCCGCUGGAUGCGGUGUGGAACGUCACCGUACAGUGGUAUGCCGGUGAUACCAUGUGCAAGCUGCUGUGCUUCCUCAAACUGUUUGCCAUGCACUCGUCUGCCUUCAUCCUGGUGGUGGUCAGCCUGGACCGCCACCAUGCUAUCCUGCACCCGUUGGACACGCUGGACGCUGGGCGAAGGAACAAGAGGAUGCUGCUCGUUGCCUGGGUCCUCAGCCUGCUCCUGGCCUCCCCACAGCUGUUCAUUUUUCGGGCAAUCAAAGCCGAGGGAGUGGAAUUCACUCAGUGUGUGACGCAUGGAAGCUUCCACCAUCGCUGGCAAGAGACGGCCUACAACAUGUUCCACUUUGUCACGCUUUAUGUGUUCCCCCUGUUAGUAAUGAGCUUCUGCUACACCCGCAUCCUCAUCGAGAUCAGCCGUCAGAUGCACAAGGGCAAAGGUGGGGAGCCGUGCCUGAGGCGAAGUGGUGCUGACAUGAUCCCCAAGGCGCGAAUGAAGACCCUGAAGAUGACCAUUGUGAUUGUGGCGUCCUUCGUGAUUUGCUGGACGCCAUACUACCUCCUAGGCAUCUGGUACUGGUUCCAGCCAGCCAUGCUCCAGGAGACACCCGAGUACGUCCACCACGCCCUUUUCGUCUUCGGAAACCUCAACACAUGUUGCGACCCAGUGAUCUACGGCUUCUACACGCCCUCCUUCCGGGCCGACCUGGCUGAUGUGGUCGCCUGCUGCUGCCGAUCGCAGAACAUCUCCCCGAGGUCCUUGGACCGCCUGGCGUGUCAGAGGGGCAGGGCAAGCAGAGAGGCAGAGUCUGACAAUCCCAGUGGCGACCAGCCAAGUGGAAACCUCGGGUAGAUAUCCGUGGGCCUCUUGUUCAACUGCAGUGUAAAAAAAUACAUAUGUUGAUUUAACAUACAAUUGUAAACCAACCAGCUGCAAUAUGAUUGUGAGUUUGCUCAACAUUUGGGCAUACAGUAUACAGUAGCUGAAGUAACAUACAUUCUCAAGUUGAAUUGUAUGUUCACUCGACUUUGAAUUUUAGGUUGAGUAAACAUACAAUUUAACUAGAAAAUGUAUUUAACCUUAUUUGCAUAUUUCCCUGAGUGCCUUGCCUUUUGAGUGAAUUGUAUUUACCACCCAUGACUGUAUUUGUUAGCGACAGAGACAUGGUUGAUGUAUUCAAUGGUUUUCAGUACUGUAGCUAUCCCCAAGUGAAUGUCUAAGUGAAUAUGUCAUCUUUAAAAUGUAAGUAUUUAUGAUAAUAUAUUGUAUAAACCCUAACACAAUGGCCUGAAACUGUUAGUUUAUAGGUCACAUCAAGCCUGCAUGUCACAUCAUGCUGGCUUGCAAAGUGGUGUGUAAUUCCUGUUGGAAUCGAGCCAGAGUGAGGAUAUCCAACAAUUGGAAGUUUUAAUAACCCACAACGUCCAUUCAGAAUGACUGCCAGGGUAAGGAAUGUUGAUUAUUGAGGCUAUCUAAAUCAUAUAAACUGGAACAGACAUCUCAGAAACAGGUGCAAUAAGUCCAACUACUAACAGAUUAGAUUAGUUUAGAAACAUUUAUGUUAUUUAUGUUUGUGUAGCAUAAGAUGAACCAAUCAAAGUACAUGCAAAAACACAAGUAUUGAAACAAACCAUUCUGAAAUUCAACCUGCAAGAGAGCAUGCUGGGAAAUAUGAAUAUGUUGGUGUGGUUUUGAUUUGUUUUGAGCAAACAUUAAUUUGUAAGUUUACUCAACAAGCUUUUUCAAAUUCAGCUAACUUCGAGCAGAGAGUGUUGAGUAAACACACUUUAACACAUUAGCUCAGAUGCCACUCAACUCACAGAAUAACACUUGGUUAAAUUGGCUGGUUUACAGUGUGUGGGAUGCAGAUUAUUUUACUCCCUGAUCUCUUUAGUGUCCGUUUCCCAGACCCAAAUUAAGGGCUCUAUUCAAUCUGUAUCGCUGAAGUUCAGCUUUACAGCGUAAUUGAAAUUUAAAGGCAAAGACUGCAUUCACGGUAAACAGUGCAUAUGUCGGCAAUCACCUUUAAAUUUCUAUUGCGCAAUCUGUAACGCUUCAGUGAUACGCUUCAGCGAUACAGACUAAAUAGAGUCCUAAGACUACAUAACCAAACACGUGGUCAAUUGAGACUCCAUUGAAAUAGCUUUUUAGUCUAGGUUUUGGCUUAAUCUGGAUCUGGAAAACUGUCCCUUUGACUAUUUCCUGUGUCACAUACAGCUUCAUAAAGCUUGGUAAUGGAAGAAUGGAUUCUAGAACAUUACCCGUAUUAUUGAGUGGGUCCUGGCAGUUCCACUAUGAAUGUAAAGACCUCCUUAGACAGAACACUCAAACACUUCCUUUAAACCAGUCUCUAGGGGAAUAUCUAGUUAACUAGUACCUUGGAUUAAGAGUACAUUUAUUCAAUUAAUGACUUUGUACUUUGGGAUUUCAGUGAAGACCCUGGUUGCAGUACAUUCAUAGAAAGGACAGCCGUAGAACCCUUUUGGAACCCUUUUUUCUAAGAGUUUAGAUAUAUCCACAGAACAGUAUAGACUUCCUAGAGAACUGCUUCGCUUCUGACACUAACCAAACAACUCUUAUGUACCCAAGGAGGAUCAUAUUGAACAUCAAAUAUUUGGACCACAUACUUUGGGUCUUUGGCCAGGGAGGACAGAACCUUGGGACCUCUUUUGAAUUUCUAUCCUCUGGAUCAUCACACGGGAAUUACUACAAGAUGAACUAACUGGGCAUUGUUGAUGUCUCAGCAAGAACCAAAACACUCAUUACAACUGAUUCCUGAGUAAGAAUGUCCACAGGCUUCUGUAUGUCUUAAACAAAUCCUACUGUAUCAAGACAGAUUGUUUUUUUGUGAUACAGCGUAGGCUCAGUUGAACUGUUUCUGAGAAAUGUUUACUUCUUAAGUCAAAGGGAAGGCAAUUACAAUGUAGGUCUCUAUGGAGCCAGUGACGUUAUAAGAUGGACCCAGAAAAACAAAUGCCAGUGAGUAGGCAACGGGGUCAGUGUUUAAUAAGGAACAAAUUCAUAUACAGAGAUUUGUGUUUUCUCUACGUCUUGUGUUGUACUCAGCCUAAUCAUCUCUGUUUACACACCUGAUAUAUUCAACUCUUGUAAUCAUUCCAUGCAUGGCUAAAAUGUUCCACAUAAUGUUAUUGGUCCAGUAUGUAUUGUGAUUGUUACAGCACGAAAACCCACAUGGACAAAUUCCGCUGUUUGGAUCAGGUUGUCUUAUUUUCCCCCCUUUUUUGUUUGUCACGGGAAAAGGGUUUGUUAACAAAAAUAUGGCAAACAACUACUAAGUGUAUCUCAAGUACUUAUUGAAAGGGUCCAGGACAAACGCCAUAUUCUUUUGGAAGCCUUCCGUUGGGUAAUCUGAGUACAUUCCCACAUAUUAUACUAGCAGUGGAUAGACGGUCAUCACUGAACUCUAUGCAGAGCUGUGACUGUAUCCCUGAAGGAGGGAUGCAGUUAAGUCCAGUCGUAAAAAACACCACCUCUUCUAGUGUCAACUCUUCUCCUGAACCCUCGAGAUUGGACUGGAAAUUUCCCCAAGCUUCCUGUUGCUUCCAUCGUCGACAACCUCUUGACCAAGAGCGUCUCGAUGAUCUCAACAGUCUGUUUGAUGUCGAUGAAACACAUUGUGCCACAUAAUAGCUCUGGGUGCUUCUCCAACGCCUCCGAUUAAUUCAUCUUCAAACUUAGCAAUGGAUGCUUGAUUCUUCAUGAUGAAAUGCCAGUAAAGGUACUCUGA